AUGUCGUCAUCCAAACACCGUCGCUCAUUCCUCCUACUUCUGUUGGUUGUUCAAUUGGUUGCACAUGCAAAUGCUUUAGAGGCGGAAGAACGAGACUUUCCUGUCGAGCUGGAUGAAGAUACUGAAUACGGAGAAACUGAUGGUGAUCUUUUGGAACAAGAGUAUGCUGAUGAUCAAGACUUACAUGAUACCGGCCUCUAUGUCUCAAUACAUGAGGCAGAUGAAGAUGGAGAGGAGAGUAGUGCAGCAGAAGAAGAUUGGUUCAUAGCUGGUAACCAUCCGAGAUGCCGAGAUGAUCCCUUCAUUAAUUGUGAAGAAGUUGAGGAAUCUGGUGACUGUAGUCCAGAAAAGACGGGUAUUCUUCCAACAUCUAGACGUAACUUGUGCUCAGUGACGUGUGGCCUAUGUGAAGUAAGAGAAGAUGCAGUUUGGUUGGAAUACAACUGUUUCGAAUACGGCGAAGAUCUUCAUGUAUUCUUCCACAAUAGCAAACCAAGUGUCGAAGAUUACGUCGGAAUCUAUCCAGCAGCCUACGAUUUUUCAAAGCAUCCGGAGCUAUUGUUUGAGGCUCCAUUGUGGUUAACAACUUGUGGCAGCCUAGAUGAUGGUUGUAAAGCCGCAAAGGGUGGUCUACUUUUUGGUGAACUUGGUCCCAGCGAUGAAAUUGCGUGGAACUUCUUCCCUCUCAGUGCAGGGGAUUACAAGGCAGUGUUGGCAAGAGGGAACGAGACCAUAGAAGUCAUUUCAGAGUCAGAGACCUUCAGAGCAAAUCCGUUGGGUCGAUCCUGUAACAAUGACUGCGAGGAUCUCAUCCGCACGGACGUUCAGUGUUACAACAGUGGGAUUGAUACAAUCCAGAUAACUUUUGAAAAUUGCGAUCCGCACGAGGAAGAUCUCAUUGCAAUCUACAAGGACGACGAAACACCAGGGGACAUAGAACCCUUGCUCUGGUUAGGAACUUGCGGGACGCAAGAGUGUGUUGGGGAGGUUGCCUACGAUAUUCUGCUGUUCGGCCCUCGCUCACCCGAUGAAACCGCUCGGACCACAUGGCCUUUGCCAGAUGGAGAUUACAAGGCGUAUCUCCUACACUACACCCCUGGGGCCAAUCACGGUAUACCCGCUGCCGAAACUUCAUUCAUCGUCCGUAAGCAAUGUGAUGAGAGUUCAAGCUUAUAA